CACAAUGUCACUUUUAACUGACCCCACACACAAAUGGGGACUCCACAGAAACUAAGAGUGAGUCUAGUGUCAGCCCCGUCUGAAUCACUCUCUCGUGUUGGCUCCAGCCAACGAAGAGGAAGCAAAAAGCAUAAAAAAUCUGAGCUACAGCGCAUGGAUUUAGGUUAAACAGCCUGGGAAGGAGAGGCAUGCUAAUCGCUGAGGGAAAUGCACCUGUGGAGGCCUCGCCAGAAACAGCAGAGGAUCCGAGCUGCGUGUAGGCAGGGCGUCGCAUGUCACCUUGGCCCCGGGCGCCUGGUCCGCUGCUGGAGAUAAAUGGUCGACCCCGGAGGCAGAGGCUAGUAGGGGUGUUGAUGUGAACUGAUUGGCCCAAGCCUUGGGCCGCAAAACUGCCAAAGAAAGCGGCAGGCAGCCUCUGCAUUUCCCAGAAGUGCAGCUGGGGAACUUUUCCAGAUCGGCCCACGGGUUGCUAGAGGGUCAGACGUAAAGGAUCCGCCUUUCCUAGGCGGGGUGGGCCGCAGGCCACCACGUGAAGCGUCCUCGCCCCUCAGAGCCCGGAGCAGGCCGGGCUCAUGACAGAGGAAAGUUGAGGACGCCCCACCUCGGAGAGGCGGCGCCCCUGAGUAGACCAGGAUCCUCUCUUGCAACUUCUGCCACCGCGGGCCGCCGCGGCCGCCUGAGCCCGCAGAGGAAGGUCGCGGCCGUGGAGCGAUGACCCGCGGCUGUCCGGGCGGGCGCCCGGGGCUGCCACCGCCGCCGCCGCUUCUGCUGCUGCUGCUGCUGCCGCCGCUGUUGUUGGUCGCCGCGGAGCCGGCGAAUUCGGCAGGAGUCUACUAUGCAACUGCAUACUGGAUGCCUACUGAAAAGACAGUACAAGUCAAAAAUGUAAUGGACAAGAAUGGGGACGCCUAUGGCUUUUACAAUAACUCUGUGAAAACCACAGGCUGGGGCAUCCUGGAGAUCAGAGCUGGCUAUGGCUCUCAAGCCCUGAGCAAUGAAAUCAUCAUGUUUGUGGCUGGCUUUUUGGAGGGUUACCUCACUGCCCCACACAUGAAUGACCACUACACAAACCUCUACCCACAGCUGAUCAGGAAACCUUCCAUCAUGGAUAAAGUGCAGGAUUUUAUGGAGAAGCAAGAUAAGUGGACCCGGAAAAAUAUCAAAGAAUACAAGACUGACUCAUUUUGGAGACAUACAGGCUAUGUGAUGGCACAAAUAGAUGGCCUCUAUGUGGGAGCAAAGAAGAGGGCUAUAUUAGAAGGGACAAAGCCAAUGACCCUGUUCCAGAUUCAGUUCCUGAAUGCUGUUGGAGAUCUAUUGGAUCUGAUUCCCUCACUCUCUCCUACAAAAAACAGCAGCCUAAAGGUUUUUAAGAGAUGGGACAUGGGACAUUGCUCCGCUCUUAUCAAGGUUCUUCCUGGAUUUGAGAACAUCCUUUUUGCUCACUCAAGCUGGUACACAUACGCAGCCAUGCUCAGGAUAUAUAAACACUGGGACUUCAACAUCAUAGAUAAAGAUACCAGCAGUAGUCGCCUCUCUUUCAGCAGUUACCCAGGGUUUUUGGAAUCUCUGGAUGAUUUUUACAUUCUUAGCAGUGGAUUGAUAUUGCUGCAGACCACAAACAGUGUGUAUAAUAAAACCCUGCUAAAGCAGGUAAUACCUGAGACUCUCCUGGCCUGGCAAAGAGUCCGUGUGGCCAAUAUGAUGGCAGAUAGUGGCAAGAGGUGGGCAGACAUCUUUUCAAAAUACAACUCUGGCACCUAUAACAAUCAAUACAUGGUUCUGGACCUGAAGAAGGUAAAGCUGAACCACAGUCUUGACAAAGGCACUCUGUACAUUGUGGAGCAAAUUCCUACAUAUGUAGAAUAUUCUGAACAAACUGAUGUUCUACGGAAAGGAUAUUGGCCCUCUUACAAUGUUCCUUUCCAUGAAAAAAUCUACAACUGGAGUGGCUAUCCACUGUUAGUUCAGAAGCUGGGCUUGGACUACUCUUAUGAUUUAGCUCCACGAGCCAAAAUCUUCCGGCGUGACCAAGGGAAAGUGACUGAUAUGGCAUCCAUGAAAUAUAUCAUGCGAUACAACAAUUAUAAGAAGGAUCCUUACAGUAAAGGUGACCCCUGUAAUACCAUCUGCUGCCGUGAGGACCUGAACUCACCUAACCCAAGUCCCGGAGGUUGUUAUGACACGAAGGUGGCAGAUAUCUACCUAGCAUCUCAGUACACAUCCUAUGCCGUAAGUGGUCCCACAGUACAAGGUGGCCUCCCUGUUUUUCGCUGGGACCGUUUCAACAAAACUCUACAUCAGGGCAUGCCAGAGGUCUACAACUUUGAUUUUAUUACCAUGAAACCAAUUUUGAAACUUGAUAUAAAAUGAAGGAGGGAGAUGACGGACUAGAAGGCUGUAAAUAAGAUACCAAAGGCACUAUUUUAGCUAUGUUUUUCCCAUCAGAAUUAUGCAAUAAAAUAUAUUAAAUUCA